GAGAAAAAGUUAUAUUAUUUUCAUUUUUAAAAUUUGUCCCUGACCCAGUGCCAGGCAUGCUACUUCUCUUUAUACUACAAAAAAAAAAAAAAACAACACAAAAGGGCUCACACUGCUUUUUCUUGGGUCUAUCAGAUUAUUGUGUAAAAUGGGCAUCAUACAAUCAUCAUCAUUCAUCAACCUUCACAACUUAUAACACAUUUCACCUGCUGCAUAUAACUUGCAUUGAGUCAUUUCAAGUUUUUUUAUAUAAUGAGGGUACAUAAAAAGAUUGGUGCUUUGAUAUGUUUCUUGAUGCUUUGGGGGUGUUCAAAUGGGUUGCUUUCUCCUAAAGGUGUAAACUUUGAAGUGCAAGCUUUAAUGGGUAUCAAAGCUUCAUUGGUGGACCCUCAUGGUGUUCUUGAGAAUUGGGAUGCUGAUGCUGUUGACCCAUGUAGUUGGACCAUGGUUACUUGCUCUUCAGAAUCUCUUGUCAUUGGGUUGGGGACACCUAGUCAAAAUUUAUCAGGCACACUUUCACCAAGCAUUGGCAACCUAACUAAUCUUCAAAUUGUAUUGUUGCAGAAUAACCGCAUUACUGGGCCGAUCCCAGCGGAAAUUGGUAAACUAAAGAAGCUUCAAACAAUUGAUCUUUCUGAUAACCAAUUCACCAAAGGAAUCCCCUCUUCUUUAGGUCAAUUAACAAGUCUUCAAUACAUGAGGCUGAACAACAACAGUCUUUCUGGCCCAAUCCCACAAUCAGUAGCUAACAUGACCCAACUUGCUUUUGUGGACUUAUCCUUCAAUAACUUAAGUGGCCCGGUUCCUAGGUUUCCUUCCAAGACCUUCAACAUUGUAGGGAACCCUUUAAUAUGCAAAACAGGAUCUGAGCAAGAAUGUUAUGGAAUGACAUUAAUGCCCAUGUCAAUGACUUUAAACACUACUCAAGGUGAUAGCACUUUGCCAAGUUCAAAAGGUCACAAAGUUGCGCUUGCCAUUAGUACAAGCCUCGGGUGCAUCUCGUUGCUCAUUUUUGGACUCGCCUUGAUUUGGUGGAGACGUAGGCAUAAUCAAGAACCGUUCUUUGACGUCAAAGAUAGACACCACGAGGAAGUUUCGCUAGGAAAUCUAAGGAAGUUCCAAUUCAGGGAACUUCAAAUAGCAACACACAACUUUAGCAACAAGAACAUAUUAGGUAAAGGAGGUUUUGGGCAUGUAUACAAAGGACAACUACAAGACGGGAGUUGUGUGGCGGUAAAACGCCUCAAAGAUGGUGGAGCCGCAGGCGGAGAGAGGCAGUUUCAGACGGAAGUUGAGAUGAUCAGCCUAGCUGUACACCGGAACCUACUCAGAUUAUAUGGGUUUUGCAUGACUCCAACAGAAAAGUUGUUGGUCUAUCCUUAUAUGUCCAAUGGCAGUGUUGCAUCACGUCUCAAAGCAAAACCAGUGUUAGAUUGGGCCAUACGGAAGAAAAUUGCAUUAGGGGCAGCAAGAGGAUUAUUAUAUCUUCAUGAACAAUGUGACCCCAAAGUUAUUCAUAGGGAUGUCAAGGCUGCAAAUAUAUUACUUGAUGAUUGCUGUGAAGCAGUUGUGGGAGACUUUGGUCUAGCAAAGCUUCUAGACCAUCAAGACUCUCACGUAACCACCGCGGUUCGUGGGACCGUAGGCCAUAUAGCACCGGAGUAUCUCUCCACGGGCCAGUCAUCCGAAAAGACAGACGUUUUUGGAUUCGGAAUCCUUCUUCUUGAACUGAUCACCGGUCAACGCGCUUUAGAGUUUGGAAAAGCUGCUAACCAGAAAGGAGCAAUGCUUGAUUGGGUGAAAAAGAUUCAUCAAGAGAAGAAACUGGAGAUAUUAAUCGACAAAGACUUGAAGAACAACUACGAUCGAAUCGAGUUAGAGGAAAUAGUGAAAGUGGCAUUAUUGUGCACACAAUAUCUUCCGGGCCACAGGCCAAAGAUGUCGGAAGUUGUACGAAUGCUUGAAGGCGAUGGGUUAGCGGAGAAAUGGGAAGCUUCACAGGGAGUUGAGUCAAGUACGAAGUACCGUACGCUGGAGUUGUCGUCUUCGUCGGAGCGAUAUUCGGACCUGACCGACUCUUCUUUGCUCGGACAAGCGAUAGAACUCUCCGGCCCCCGAUGAGCUAGCUAAUAGAUUUGAAAUAGAAAAAAUGGGGGGAAAUUUUUAUAUCUUUUUUUCCUUCGGAAAUGAGCCUUAUAUAUAUAUAUAUAUAUAUAGGGUUUGCUUGCAUAUGUUAAAAACCUCAAUGUUAGUUAAUUUAGUAUGAAAUAUAAAAGUAGCGUUUUUAUAUA